ACCAAACAAGUAACGGGAAAAUGCGGCGUCCUGCGAUAUUCGUAGCAAUCUGCACAAUAUUUGUAUUUAAAUUCGCUCUCGGCUACAAGGAAAUGCAUGGACUGAAUGGAAAGUUAUUUCCCAAGGCAGCCACAUUUAAUUUUCCAGAGUACGCAUAUAAGGAGACCAGUAAGAAUGAAAUAACUUAUCAUGAAAUGGAGGUGACUUGUGACCAGCACGCCCAGUGCAUAAACCUCAGUCCCGUGGGCGUGGCCAAGAUCAACUGCAUCCGGCAGUGCAUUUCACCAUCCUGCUACAAGGACAUCUAUGCCUUCAACGAGCUGGAGGAGGGCGAAAUCGAUGCCCGGCUGAACUCCUUUAAGGGCUGUGUCAUCCAGCGAAUGUAGCAGCGACCCCAGUUGUUCAAGGAGUACUUAAUCUACAAAUGGCUGGAGUUCACUGGGAUCACCUAUUAAACUUGACUUAUGAUAAUCUUUGCCGAGGACUCGCUUUUAAAAGACUUUUAGCGGCAGAGGAUCUUAGGCUUUCGCCUUUUGUAGAGCAUCAAAUAUGAAAAGAAAUAAGCUUGUGAAUCUGUAAUCGAAAUAUGGUCCUUAACCUUAAAGCCAAAUUUAGAAUAAACUUUUUUCACCUAACUUAAA